AUGUCUUGCCUGACACCUGACGCUACUGAGGCGAUCCGCCAGGUGCGCGAGAUGCGCAUAACGGACGAAUCAACAGUGCGCCUGCUGGAGCACCUGUUCAGCUGCCCCCCCAGCAGCGAGUUAGUGCAUUCGCUCCUCGACGGAAAGGAGCGGGUAGUCGCUGUGGCGCUCUUCAAGGCUGUGCGUGGUGCCCACGCGGUGAACAUUCUCGGCUUUCUGCUGCGCUUCUUCGCCGACCUCGUGCUGUCAUCGAACGCGCUGGGUGAGCAGCUCGGGGUGCUGUCGCCCGACGUGCUGGGCGACGACGCCGCAAAGUCGUUGCUGUACAUCGUGACCACGCACGGCGAGGACCGCGGCGUCGUUGACCCCGCGCUCUUCCUCGCCGCGACGGCGCUGCGCCACGGCCCACCGGAGCGCAACGAGGAGGCCCUGCAGCGCUUCUUCGCGUAUGUGAAGGACGCACUAUCGGCGGAGACGCUGCAGGUGCCGUCGGUGUCGUUUGCGGUGCAGGGCUGCGCGAUCGUGGCCCGUCGGAAGGCGUUGCGUUGCUACUUUUUCGAGCACCACAUGGUGGAGUUCCUGCCGCGCCUGCUGUUCGACAUCGUCGCCAACGACUCGGCAAGCAUCAUACAACUUAUAUACCAAACGCUGCUGGUGUCGUGGCUGCUCUCCUACGAGUACCUUGGCGUGGUGGAGCUGCAGCAGCACAGAAUGAUCCCACACCUGCACCGUGUGCUGCAGCGCCUGCAGAAGGAGAAGUGCAUCCGCGUCGCGCUCAUGACGCUGUGGAAUAUGGUGGAGGCGGAGCGCAACUACAUUCACCACAUAGCGAAUCCUGCUGCGGCGGAAUGGGUGAACAAGGAUUUCUUUAUUAUAGGGCGCGCCAACGGUGGAAAGGGCCCGGCAUUCAUUGCGGAGAUGGUGGGCAUCGGCAUGUUGAAGACACUCGCCCAACUGUCGCGCCGCAAAUUCGGAGACGAGGACAUCAGUACGCUCAUUCACGACCUGCAGAACGUCCUGGAACAGAGCAUGGAAAAGCUCACGAGCUUCUCGGAAUAUCGGGGCGAGGUACUUAGCGGUGCCCUUGAGUGGACGCCUGUGCACACCAGUGCUAAAUUCUGGAAGGAAAACGUCAUGCAGUUCGAGAGCAACAACUACGAAGUGCUAGCAGCGCUCGGCAACAUCAUCAUGACGACGCGGCAGGACCUUACUCUGGCUGUAGCGUGCUACGACCUUGGCGAAGUCGUGCGCCACCACCCAACGGGGCGUGCCCUGCUGCUGCUGCCCCAACUAGAGGGCGUCAAGACCCGCGUCAUGGCGCUGAUGUCGCACGCCAACCCCGAGGUCGCCAAGAAUGCGCUCCUAGCAGUUCAAAAGAUUAUGGUGCAGCGGUGGGAGUACAUACAGCAGCAGCAGUAG